AUGCACCACUUUGUACGAGACGAAGGUCACCACCACCAUGGAAAUACUCUGCCGGAGUACGAGGAGGGCAACCACGACAUUCCUGAGGGCCAGUACACCUCCAACGAGAGCGUGGGCGCGGCCAUGUGGACCUACGUGCUGGUCACCAUGCUGGCGUUUGGAAUCAUGUUCCCCAUUGGCCUGAUAAUGGGCCUGGCUAGACACAGAUACUUCAUUCCCAUGCAGAUUGUGGCUGCGGCAACGGCGGUCGUGGGAAUGGUGUUUGGACUCACCCAUGGCGGCCGACGAUACUCGCCCAACAAUAUCGCGCUCAUCUGGGGAUGGUGCUUGAUGGUGCUUGCUGGCAUCCAGGUUUUCUUCGCAGUGUUCCUGCAGAUCCCGCUGCGAACCCGAGAGGGAGAGCUCGAGGAAAACAGCGUGCUCAGACGAUACCCCUUCUUCUACCGGGUGCGAAACGUGCUCUCCAAGUGCCUGCUGGUGCUGGCCUGCUUCCUUCCAAUUGCCUCGUGGGUCCAGUUUGGCUUCAUCUUCAUCACCAUGUUCGGCUGGUGCCACGAGGACCAUCUCGGCCAGUGUCUGGCCCACGGAAUCAUGGGCUCUUCUUUCAUCGCCUACGGAUGCAUUCUCACCAUCAUGCUGCUGUUGGGAGAGGCCUGGCUGCAGCGACGAAACGUGUCCCAAGAGUUCUACGACUCCACGAUCAUCAUGCUGUGGGGAAUCGUCAACACCUUUACCGAGCACAGAUGGGGCCAGCCUUGGUCUCAUGGAGACUACCAGCACACCUCCAUGGGCAUCAUUUGGUGGUGCGCUGGUCUGGUCGGUAUUCUGCUGUCUCGAAAGCGAUGGGUUGCUGGCUCUCCCCCCAUGCGAAACCACAUCCCCUCCAUCGUUCUCAUGUUCACUGGUUAUGCCAUGAGUGAGCACGCUCAGCAUCUGGAGGUGUCCACCAAGGUCCAUGCUUUCUUUGGGUGGGCUCUGAUUCUCGCUGGUCUCACCCGAAUCAUCGAAAUCUCCUUUGUGCUCAAGGACGGCCCCUCAAAGCUCGCCGUGGCCAAGGCUUGGCAGUUUCUGCCUCCCUUCCUGCUCGUUGAGUCUGGAAUUUGUUUCAUGGGAGCCACCGAGGAGCAGAUGGCUUACCUCAAUGACGCUGGAAUCGACCAUUCGUCGUACCUGCUGACCCUGUCGUCGGCAGCCUUCCUCGUCUACUUCCUCUUCCUGUCGCUCAUCAUGCUCUACAAGUACCUGUCGGGCACCCAGUUGACGAGCCGGGAUUCCCACCGGGGUCAGCAUGUUCCCCUCGCCACCGAGGAGGAGGAGCUUGGCCUGAACGACGAGGAGGCCGACAAGUUUGAGAUUGACGACGAGGAGGAUCCCUCUGAGGGCUCGUCGUCAGGACGAAGGGAUGAUGGCUUUGAGCUGUCGCUUCUGCGAGGUAAAUAA